UUUUACGUCUUCUACGGUGUUUUAAUAGCGAUGUAUAGAUAUAUAUUGUUCAAUCAAGAAGCAAGCGCUCCCGGUGCGCGCGUUUACGUAAACGCAUGCGUAUCGAAACGUUUAUCGGUACAAUUCUACGGUUCCAGUGUCGUGCCGGCCGCCAAGAAGAAAUCGUGAAAUUAUUGUUGUCUGACAGUUUAAAACGUUCUCAAAUUCAAGCAUAAACAUGGGUAUCCUUGGUCCGUGUAGAAACUUUAAAACCGAGACCCUCUCAGACCUUCGAUUUUAUUAACGGUGUAAUAGAAAGAACGGAGCUGAUGUAAUUUUACGUUUUUGCAUAAUCUUGCUUUCGAAUAACUGCCCACGAUCGUGAAACAAAGUUCCAAAAGGGUCUCCUAAAUCCGAAUCUGUUUUCGUGACGAUUGAUCUAUACGUUGUGUUGUUUAGAAAAUGGCAAGAAGACUGAAGGAAUUACGCCUACGGGAAUUAUCUCCUGUAGAAUAUUUCGAUAUUGCCUCGGAUUCAGAGGAAGAUGCAGUUCUCAGCGACUCGUCUCAAGAAGAUUCAGAAAUUUUAUUGGCGGGUGACAAUCUUGGAAUUCCGAGUGAUCUAGUGGAAGUGAAAUUGGAAAUACCCGUUUCACCUCGACCAGUAACGCCGAAAUGUAAGGAGAAUUUGAAUCCACCCGAACAGAAAGGUCUGCUGUCAUCGGGUGGAAAAACAAGCCCACCUGUUGGAAAGAAUGGGGCAGAGAAUGUUAAAAAUCCCAUGGAUGCCUGGAAUUUCUUAUUCAAUGAUGAGAUAAUGACGAUUACACUGUGGCAUACCAAUGAAGAAAUAGUCAGAAGACGUUCUAUGACCCAAUAUAUAGAAACAAAUAAAACUUAUUCUCCUCUCUCGAUGACCGAGCUCCGUGCGCUGAUUGGAUUACUGUAUUUCAGUGGCUCUAACAAAGAUGGGCUUAAAAAUACACAAGAACUGUGGGCUAACUGGGGGCCGCUAAUUUAUAAAGCUGUCAUGUCACGACAACGAUUUUCGUUCAUCAUUUCGUGCCUUCGAUUUGACGAUAGAUUAACACGGACGGAGAGACGAUCGAUUGACAAAUUUGCCCCGAUUCGAGACAUAUGGAGUACCUUUUUGAAAAAUUGUGACAAAUAUUACUGUUCCGAUCAGAACCUCACCAUCGAUAAUCACUUAGUUUCGUUUCGAGGUCGAUGUCCCUUCAAAACUUAUAUGAGAAAUAAGCGACACAAACAUGGUAUUAAAAUUGUGAUGAUAAAUGAUUUUACAACUUAUUACAUGAUCAAUGCAGUUCCUCACAUUGGCAAAGUUGUCCCUCAAAAUAGAGAACCUGUUGCCUCUUACUAUGCUCGAACACUGUGUGAAAGUAUAGACUCUACCGGUAGAAAUAUUACUUGGAACAAAAUCAACGAAGAGACCGAUACGUUUGGUAAACUGUGUAGUGACUAUUCCACUGCGCGGAGAACUCGCCAUUGGCCACUUAGAAUGUUUUUUACAAUGCUAGAUUACGCAGUGCUCAAUAGUUUUAUACUUUACCAGCUUAAUCCUGAAAACGAAUCUCUCAAUCGCUUGAAAUUCAUUCAAAAUCUGUCCAUGUCACUGAUAAAACCUUUUGUCCAAGAACGUAUGGUAUUGCAAACAUUGCGGGGGAAUUUAAAAUUAAUUAUUUCUAGCAUUUUUGAUAUCGACAUACCUAAGCUAGUUCAAUACGACCCUGCUGAUUGUAGACUAGAAAAAAGAAAACGAUGCGUACACUGCAACAGCGAUCGCAAAACUCAGUACGUAUGCUGUACCUGCAAAAGGCCACGUUGCGACGAACACAGAUCUAAUCAGUGUAUGGAAUGUUUCGAGCAUAAUUUUUCUGUUACUUAAAAAAUAUACAAUUUAACUAGCCUUUUUCAA